AUGGUCCUUCACAACCCGAACAACUGGCACUGGGUCAACAAAGAUGUCUCAGAGUGGACAAGAGCUUGGUUCACGGAGAACCUGACCAAGGUCGAGGUGGAGGAUGGCGGCGCAAAGGUGAAGGUUAGCAAGAUUAUCACCUGCGACGGUGACGUCGACGUCAGCCAGCGCAAAGGCAAGGUUAUUACAAUCUACGACGUGAAGUUGGUCCUCGAGUUCUCCGGCUCCGCCCCCAAGGCAGACGAGGUCUCCGGCACCAUCACCGUGCCCGAGGUUGCCCACGACACAGAGGAGGACGAGUUUGUGUUCGACGUCGACAUCUACUCCGAGUCGAAAGAGAAGCAGCCCGUCAAGGAUCUUAUCCGCGCAAAGCUCAUCCCCCAACUGCGACAGCAGUUUGUCAAGCUCCCCUCCGCCCUCAUCGCCGAGCACGGCAAGGACAUCCAGCACGCGCCGGGCUCCAACCCCUCCAGCGGCUUCUCCACCCCCAAGUUCCAAGCAAAGACCGCCACCCCCGAGCCAUCAACGACCGUUAAGUCGAGCAGCGGCAGUGUUGUGAACACCACGACGGUGAACGACAGCGAGGAGUUCCGCACGACCGCAGAAGAGCUUUACAAGACCUUUACCGACCCUCAGCGGAUCGCAGCCUUCACGCGCGCACCGCCAAAGGUCUUCGAGGGCGCGAAGAAGGGUGGCAAGUUCGAGCUGUUCGGGGGCAAUGUCCUGGGCGAGUACCUGGAGCUGAACGAGCCCACCAAGAUCGUACAGAGCUGGAGGCUGCAGCAGUGGCCGGCAGGGCACUACUCCAAGCUGGAGAUCGAGUUUGACCAGAACGAUGUGGACUCGGUGACGGUGAUGCGAGUCAACUGGACCGGUGUUCCAGUGGGUCAGGAGGAGGUCACAAAGGAGAACUGGCAGAAUUACUACGUGCACAGCAUCAAGAGGACUUUCGGCUUCGGCACCAUUCUAUAA